AGCCACCAAACUUAUUAAAUCAAAGCCCUAAUUGUUCAAAAUCUACUUUACCAAUCUCUCUCUCUCUCUCUCUCUGUGCGCCAAAUCGCUCUCUCAUGGCGACUCAGAAACUCACAGACUAUGAGCGCAAGAGGCUCGAGAACAUUCGCCGGAACGAGGAAUUGAUGGCUUCCCUGAAGCUCCAAUCCAUGGCUACCCAACUCUCUGCCUCAACCAAACGCCCCAGGGUUGAGACCAAAUCGUACAAGGUCAAUUCGGAGAAGCAGCCCAAGACCCAGGACCCAACUGUUAUCAGGCGUUCUCUACGCACCAGAGGAUUGCCGCCCGAUGCGAAAGGACUAGGUGGUGAUGGUGGUGAUGACUCUGUGGUGAAGACCCUAGAAUAUGUAGACCCUAAGGCAUCGGCUCGCAAAUUGGGUCCUCUUAGUAUGAGAGAUGUGUAUAGCGGAGUAUCAGAUACAGCUCUGAUUGAGGCCAUUUUGGGUGUUGAGAAGAAACCCCAAUUGGGUUUGGAAGUUAAAGGUGAAUUUGGGGGUUGCAAAGAGGAGAGAUCAAGUGGUGCAUUUAUCUUAGUUGGUGGGGUUAGUUGUGAUUUGAGUAAGAAAUUAGAAGAAGGAGGAGUUGAGAGUGAUUUGAAGGUGGAGUCUUUGACUCUGAAUGAGGAGAAUGUAGCCCGAGUUGUGCCGGGGAAUGUCAUGAAUGUGAGAUUUUUUCCGAGUACUAGUUUGAGGAUGGUUGUGGUUGGGAAUAAGGCUGGGAAUGUUGGAUUUUGGAAUGUUGAUUCUAAGGAAGGGGAGGAAGGUGGGAUAUGUAUGUAUCACCCACAUUCUGGUCCCAUUUCGGGGAUUUCUGUUCACCAAGAUUGCAUGUCAAAGAUCUUUACUAGUUGCUAUGAUGGGUUUAUCCGAUUGAUGGAUGCUGAGAAAGAGGUGUUUGAUCUAGUAUAUUCAAGUGGUGAGACUAUAUAUUCUCUCGCUCAACAGUCAAACAAUGCAAAGUGUUUAUACUUUGCUGAGGGUCGUGGAGGUAUAAGUAUGUGGGAUGAGAGAACAGGAAACAUCUCAGCCCAAUGGAGUCCGCAUGAUGAUAGAAUCAAUUCCAUAGACUUUAACUCAGAAAAUUCAAACAUCAUCACCACUAGUUCAACAGAUGGAACUGCCUGCAUUUGGGAUUUGAGAUGUAUUGAUGCAGAUAAAUUCGAAAGUUUGAAGACAAUUGGCCACAAAAGGGCUGUGCAUUCUGCCUACUUCUCACCUUCUGGAAGGUCGCUAGUGACGACAAGUCUUGAUGACACAGUUGGUAUAUCAAGUGGAGUUAAUUUUGAGGACAUAUCAAUGAUAUCCCAUGAUAAUAAUACAGGCAGAUGGAUUCCUAAGUUCAAGGCAAUAUGGGGCUGGGAUGAUGCAUAUGUCUUCAUCGGAAAUAAGAAUAGAGGAAUCGAUGUUAUCUCCCACCUUCAAAGAAGAGCAGUUUUCACUUUAAAGAGCCCAUACAUGUCUGCAAUUCCGUGUAGAUUGGCUGCUCACCCUUAUAAUGUUGGGAUGCUAGCAGGAGCUACAGGUGGAGGCCAAGUUUAUGUAUGGACAUUGGGAUAAGAAACUCAGCAUCGCUCAACGGACUCUGUACUUUUAUAAUUAGGGCAAGCAUGAUCAGCUUUGUACCUUUAAGUUGUUCUUACUGUUGGUUUUCGCUUGAGUUGAGCUUUGUUGGUAUUCCAUAGAUUCAUUUUUGAAGAGCUUUUCUA